CCGGGUUCUCGCGAGAUUUCCCUGGAAACACCGCACAACCGCGUUUGUGUGGUGUGCAUGCUAAAGUACCCCAAUAACUUUGCCAACUUCCAUGUAAAAGAUUUUCAAUUUCAAUCGGUAACGUGAAUUGUACACGGGGAACACCGUCACCAUGAGUAUACUCGCCAAAAUAGCAGAAAUUGAAAAUGAGAUGGCCAGGACGCAGAAGAACAAGGCCACAGCUCACCACUUGGGUCUGCUCAAAGCACGUCUUGCCAAACUCAGAAGGGAACUCAUCACACCUAAAGGAGGCAGCGGUGGUGGGACAGGAGAAGGUUUUGAUGUAGCGAAAACCGGUGACGCUCGUGUCGGCUUUGUCGGCUUUCCUUCUGUAGGAAAGUCUACACUGCUAAGUAACCUUGCAGGUGUAUACUCUGAGGUUGCUGCCUACGAGUUCACCACUCUAACAACAGUACCUGGAGUCAUUCGGUAUAAAGGUGCUAAAAUUCAGCUCCUGGAUCUCCCAGGAAUCAUUGAGGGCGCCAAGGAUGGAAAGGGCAGAGGCCGACAGGUCAUCGCAGUGGCUCGAACCUGCAAUCUGAUUCUGAUAGUGCUCGAUGUGUUGAAGCCUCUUCUUCAUAAGAAGCUAAUAGAACAUGAGCUGGAAGGCUUCGGCAUUCGGCUUAACAAGCAACCACCAAACAUUGGUUUCAAGAAAAAGGACAAAGGAGGCAUCAACUUUACCGCUACGUGUGCACAGAGUGAGCUUGACGCUGAAACAGUUAAGAGUAUCUUGGCAGAGUACAAGAUCCACAACGCCGACAUCACUCUGCGCAGUGACUCCACAGCUGAUGACCUCAUCGAUGUGGUGGAGGGAAAUCGCGUCUACAUCCCAUGCAUUUAUGUGCUCAACAAAAUCGACCAGAUCUCCAUUGAAGAGCUCGACAUCAUCUACAAAGUGCCCCACACUGUGCCCAUCUCAGCCCACCACCGCUGGAACUUUGAUGACCUGCUGGAGAGGAUGUGGGACUACUUAAGGCUUGUGCGCAUCUACACCAAACCCAAAGGCCAGCUUCCUGAUUACACGUCUCCUGUUGUGCUCCCCAAUGAACGAACUUCAGUGGAGGAUUUCUGCAUGAAGAUUCACAAAAACCUCAUCAAAGAAUUUAAGUAUGCACUUGUUUGGGGCUCCUCUGUAAAGCACAACCCUCAAAAGGUGGGCAAGGACCAUGUGAUGGAGGAUGAAGAUGUUAUCCAGCUGGUGAAAAAGUAAAAAAAAAAAAAAAAGGAGUCUUAAUGCUCACUGCAUGACCCAUGUUAUCACAAAGUGUUCUGUACAGCUGCUCAAUAAACGACCGGACAUGUCUGUCAUUACAGCAUCUGUUGUUUUUGCUUUCAUUGAUUUAAAACAAUGGCAGGUUAAAGUGUCAUAUUUAAAGUAACACACAGUACUUAACACCAUGAAUAGUUCAUAUUGAAUAUUGGUUAAGGCUUCCAUUGACUCCUAAAAGAACUGUACAAUAAAAUCACAGUGGAAUCUCAA